CGCGAAUCUCAAUAUCAUGCAAUCUAUUCACCGACUCAUCUUCUUGUGGCUCUCAUUGUCGGUUAUGAUCCUUGUCACUUUUGCUCUCCCAGUGCCCUCCCCCCUCCCGCCCAUGCACGCAGGAAAAAUCAUUGUAGAGGGGACUUUGAAGCCUGGGGACACGGUCCAUUAUAACCCCCCUAACAGCAAUAAUUGUUUAACGGGCACUGUCGCUGCUACUGCCUUCAGUUAUGAGGGGGGUGAACAGCACGUCAACCUAUGUCUAUCCCACAAAGGAAGACAAGGGAUACAACCGUACGCUUCGAUCCCAGUCAAGCACAUAGUGGACGUGGAACAAGACCUUACACAAAACGGUGCAUGCGUUGAAUGGAAACGCCUGCCACCAAGGCCAGAGCAUCCGAGUGUGUGUCCGUUCCGAUCGAACACUUGGCCACUCGAUAAGCGCGAGGAAUCGCGUCCACUUCAACCCCUCCACCUUUCCGCAG